UAAACAAUUUUAUCCCGGACGAUUUUACUCUUUCACCUAACAAAACCAAUAGCAUCGGCCUCUCUCUCUCUCUCUCUGAAACAAAAGCUCUCAGAUAUCAUUUUGAACCGAUUUUGGACCUGGCCGGGCCUCUCCGAGCGCUGUCGGCGUUUCUCGGUAUUCCGCCAUCGACGUUCCUCGCGUUCUCGUGCUCCUUCUCCGCUUGCCUCGGCCUCGUCGUCUCCCAAGGAAGGCAGAGUCCCUCGAGAGAGGCAGAGUCAUGUCUUCAGGCGAAGAAGUCUCUACGGUUUCAAAGCGUACCUUAUCGUGCUCCACCUGCUUUGACGCUCUCUGGUUUUGCUAUUUUCAUCAGAUGCAGCAAUAUUAUAGGCUUGGGACACUUGAUAACUGUGGUGGGAAAUGGAGUGCUCUUGUGGAUUGUUUAACUUUGAAGACAAAGCGGUCAGCUGAAGUGCAGGAAAUUUUGGAGUCUCGUGAGAAAGCCAAGGCUCACAUCUGGACUUUUCGAACCCCAGAAGAAGCAUCAAGUAAUUGGAAAGAACAAUUUGGACAUUUAGAUGAAAUGGAAUAAUGGAGAUUCAAUUUACCAUCCAUCUUUCAACUUUUCCCUGUCAUGUGCGGUGAACCACUGAAUUUUUAAUUUAGUUGAAAGGAGUCCUAGGGUGACUCUGUACUUUCUUCAGUAGCUAGAAGGAUUAUAUUGAAGACAACAAUUGAAAGACAUGCAUUUCUGGGCAUGUCGUUGAUCCAAAGUGAACAUUGCAGCAGCCAGGAAGUGCGAUUUUUGUUCUGAAAAGUUCUGUAUUUAGUGAACAUUAAAGGGAUGCCGUCCUUUUGUUACAUGAGGUUGACAAUGCA